GCCGCUCUUCAGUUGUUUCCUUACUCUCGCAGCUGAUUGGUCGUUGCCUUGUUACUGCGAGACUUAUCACGCCAUACAACAACAAAAAAACAUAUAACGCUAAGCUACAUAUACCCCUUUCGCUUGUCGUCGUGCUCGUGGUCACUGUGUCAAUUCUCUAUACAUGUUAUUCCCUCUCCCAUUUAAUAAUAUUUUCAACUCGAGGUUUUGAUCGGGGAAAUCUAUACGCACUCGCUUCAGUUGGAUGGAAAUGUUAUCUGGUGAUCGCUCGUGUGGGUCAUGAUUCUCGCUACUCAUUCUAAGAUGGCUGAAGAAAUUGAAGAGUGGAGCAGCAGGUUACGUUUCACAGGUGCAUGUCAGACGGAAAAUGAAACCCCAAAUGAACUUGAUCUUUCUCACAAUCUGGACGAGUCUUCUGACCUGCCCUUCGAAGGCAUCAAGCAGAAACGCAGGAUGUUGGAGAAGAGAGUUUCUUUCCCUUCUGACGAGACCCAGUUGGUCCAGAACCUAGAGCCCACAGUUCCUGACGUUCCAGAAUGUAUCCUUACCGAAGAAGAAAGUGAUAUCAACAUUGUUGCUGCGUACACCUCUUCGUGCAAGAAGAACGAGGCUGAACCUGUUGAGCACAUUAUUGAGCAGUUAAAGACUUUGGACUUGAGCCGUCCACGCUCGGCCAGCCUCACGUUGCGAGGACGCAACUUGAAUUCCCAUGACUGUGAAUCGUUGGAGGAUGUUUUGAAAAAUGUUCCUCUGAAACUUUUAGAUAUUGGAGAUGCCCACUCCAGUGAUGAUGGUCUGAUUGCAUUGUUCGACAUGAUCGAAUUUUACGAAGCAGCCACCCAUGUGAGCAUCGCCUCCAACAAGAACAUGACCAGCAGGGGCUGGCAAGCGUGCUGUCGCAUGAUCAAAAGGACCGAGUGUUUGGAAUGGCUGGACGCAGCUCAAGUUGGGCUAUCGGAACACAGCUCAACUUUACUGGCCAGGGCACUGAGAUCCAACUCUCGCCUAAGGGUUUUGUACUUGAACGAUUGUGGUCUCACCGGAAGGUCGCUUGCCAUCAUCGCAAGUUCAUUGAAAAUGAACCGGAAUCUUCGUGAGCUGCACCUGGCCGAAAACAAAUUAACGCCUUUCGACGCCUUACAGCUUGGUAUUUUGUUGACUGGAAAUUCGUCGCUUCAGCACGUAGACUUGAGGAACAACGAAAUUUUAGAUAAAGGAAUGGGUUACAUUUGCGAUGCUCUGUUGGAUAAUGUUGGACUGAUCUCGCUUGUCGUCUGGAACAACGGUAUCACUCACGAAUCGUCUCCCGCUCUCGCCAAAGUUUUGGCAACUAACCAGACUCUGCAAACACUUAAUUUGGGUCAUAAUAAAUUAGGCGAUGAAGGAAUUAUUGGACUCAUUCCAUCUGGACUGGAGCGCAACCGUUGGCUUUUGCAUUUGGGACUCCAGGAGAACGGACUGACGUGCCCAGGGAUCAUUUCGCUGUCCGAGUCGUUGGCUACUGGAACGCAAUUGAAACGGGUUGAUUUGCGUAAAAACCAGAUCGCACUGGCAGGAUUGAUGGCCCUGGCUGCUGCUCUCAAACAUUGUCCGACCAUCACCCAACUGGACUUGGAUCCCAUCGAUCCUCCUCCUUCUACUACCUCCGGCCACCAUCAAAAUGCUGCCGAGUAUCAGCGUCUGAUUGAAGAGAUCGCCACUUGCUGCACGUCUCACGAGACUGAAGCCAACGACAGUGACACUCUGUCCAGCCUGCCCAGUGAUCUCAACAAGCGGUCCAGUAACAAUAAAGAAGCCAAUGCUGAUGAGGUCAUGUCUCGUAAAAUCUCGCUCACUUGUCUGGUCCCGCCGAGCGAUAAGCAGCUGCUCCUCCCAUUGAAUAACAAAGAAGAUGAUCAACAGCCCAGGCGGAAACUUCGCAGUCCAUUGCCCAGCCCUUCGCCCAGUCCGUCACCCAGUCCACUGCCUUCACCCAGCGGAGGAAGAUUUAAGGUAACUCGAGUGGAUGCACCGAGUCAAUCGCCUUUACCUUCCCCUCGCUCCCGUUUCACCGUCACUCCGGUGGCUGUGACUACUCCCGAAAUUGAACUGCCAGACACGGGUGACUCUGCUCCUGCUCCUGGUGGAGUGCACUCAUCCAAUAACAAUGCCGAUAGCACCAAGGAAGAUGCUUCAACUGCCGAUUACACCAGUCUCAUUCGUAGUUCUCCCAGCAAAGUUAUCGUCGGUUUUGACGUUUUAACCACCUGAGCUCCACCCUCUCUCAUUGCAAAACAAUACCGGUUCCCCAUUCUUCUUUUAUUAUCACACACGUACACACACAUGGUCCAUCUGUUGACACACAGAUUUAUAUUCUAUACAUAUACUUAAACAAAUUAUAUUUUGGAGGACAGACAACAACAACAACAGUACCAAAACAAAAUAACCCGGUGGUUUAUUUUUCGAUACCUUUUCUUUUUUUUUCCGAUAUCCAUUUCCGCCAUUCAACCUUCCCCCCCGAGUUGUUGACCAAAAAAUUAUGAAUCCCUUCCUCUUCUUGUUAUACAUCAUCCAUUGUAGUUCAGCCAGUGCGUCGCUCUUCCCCCUUGUUGUUGUUGACGGAUAAAAAUCUGUUGUUUUUUCACGGGACGCACUUUUUUCAAACAUUCUAUUAUUAUUAUAUCCAUUUCUUUUCCUUUUUCAAAUUGCUGUUGGUCAUUUUUCCGUCUUUGAAAGAUUCACACACAUUUAAAAAACAACCAAAAUCUACUAUGCAUUUUUCUCCGUUUGAGGAAUAUGGUUUUGAUGUCCGAGUCCAAUUUCUCUUUUUGUUUGUUUAAUAUCUUAUCAGGGCAUUGACGUCAUCACGCGCACGAUUUUGUUUGUUUAUUUUGGCUUUUUUUUUAAUUUUUAAAAAUCAUUUUGCUCCUCGAUUAUAUUGGUCACCACAAAGGACUCGACAGUACAAAAACCAAAAGUUUAGACAAAAAAUUAAUGUGUGUGUAUAUGUUCAGUAUUUGUUUUCAUCGACAUUUCGAAAAAUACAAACAUGUUGGCCAAAGA